CCACAGAGAUCAUUUAGAUCACAAGGGCAUUGGUCUUUUCCGAAGGCUUUCUCAAAAUCACACAAGCUGUCCUUCCUCUUUGAUGAGUGUCAGAUGAGAACACUUUUGCCUAAUAAUAUUACUUGUUUUUUUUAAUCAAAACUGGCUCCGCCUCCAGCUUCCAGAAUACUUUAAAAGGGGACCUGACAGUACAGCAGAAUCUUUGCAAAAGGAUCGGGUAUCACAAUGUGGUCACUGAUUAAGACAGUGCUGCUGUCCACCCUGGUGUCUGCCACCCUGAGAUGUCCAGAUGGAAGUUCUUGCCCGGAAGAAUCAUCAUGCUGUAAACUUCGAGCUGGUGGUUACGGCUGCUGCCCUGUGGGAGAGGAUGGUUUCAGCACCUUAUCCAUUUCAGCUCCUGAAAUGAAGCCAGGAGCUGAGAGCAGUCGGGUCAGCAAUAACAGCUCAAUAGUUAUGUGUGAUCAGGUAUAUCACUGUCCAGAUUAUUGUGUAUGCUGUAAGACAGUCACUGGACAUUGGACUUGCUGCCCACAUCCUUCGUCAGUCUGUUGCUACAGUGGUACAAGGUGCUGCCCUGCAGACAACACCCAUGAUAUCAUUCCUUCUUCUGCGGCACUGGACGAUCGCACUGACCCAGUGGAAGGUGAAUCACUGCCAGAGAUGGAAACCCAAAACAAUGAUAUCAGCACUGGCCCAGCAACCGGCAAUCAGGCUAAGUGUUGUAAGGAUGGUGGAAACUGCUGUCCCCCUGGCACCAAAUGUGACCCCCAAAGUUCUCUGUGUCGUAUGGAUGAUGUCAGCUUCCCCUGGAGCAUCAAGAAACCUGCACUGAGAAAAUCUGAGGUUCAGCAGAACUGUAAAGGCAGUGACUGUGCAGUUAUUCAAUGUGAUGAAACCCACGUCUGCAAAGCUGGAAGCUGUUGUAAAAUGUCAAACCAUCAAUGGGGGUGUUGCCCAUAUCCUAAUGCUCACUGCUGUUGGGACGGAAAACACUGUUGUCCUCGUUAUCACUGGUGUGAUACUAAGAGGAAUCUCUGCAAGAGGUGGUGGCCUCCUUAUGAAUGGAAACAGAUUUCAUCAAUCAAAUACAACAAAGAAUCUGAAAAUCUUUAAGGCCAUUCUGACCAUUUGCUGGUCUGAAUUUGAGUUCAUAAAUGCAAGCAUGCUUUUCUGCCCUGCGGCUAUAACAUCUGUUGGAAUCCACAUUUAGUAUCAUGGUUAUUGUUGCUCUUUGCCAUACAUUUCUAACAAUCAAGUUUAAAAUUAUCCAGUUUAUUCAAUUUGCUGGUGAUGUUUCUUGAGAGCAGGGGUUUCCAUCUUUUUUUAAGCCAUGGGCCCCUACCAUUAAUCAAAGGGUCCCAGGUUGGAAACCCUUGCUCUAGAAGAUUUUUUUUUGGAGGAAUUAAUCAGUUUAUCAAAUUUCUGGCAAUUUUUAUAUGAUAAUUAUUUACGGUUUUAUCAGUGAACACCUGUAUUAUAUGCAGAUCUUGGUAAUUUACUUGCAAAUGCUUCAUCACUAUAUGAAGAUACAUCAGUGCGCUGUUAAUUGUGGUGUGUCCUUCAAAUCUUGGCCUUUAUAUACUAGCCUAACCCUAUAAUAUAAUAAUAUAAUAACUAUAAUAACCCUAAUUGACUAUUGAUCAUCAUUACAGAAACUCAAUUGUGAUGUAAGGAGGAAAUCUCUUUGCUGAUUGGUUUGGUGCGUUGUUGUCUGGAAUAUUGCCCCCAUUGAGUCAUAAAUGGUAUCAAUGUCUACAUGUCUAUUGAUAGAAUUGUUUGUGGAAAACCAUGCGAUUCUGUAACAGACAUGCAGACCUCGAUCCUAUUUAUGAGCCAAUGUAGGCACACUUCCAGGCCACAAUGCUCAAAGUUCACCACACAGCCAAUCAGUGACAAAACUUCCUCACUACAUCACGACUGAGUUUCUGUAAUGAGUUUCAGCAGACUGAUAAAUAUAUAAAGGCCAAGUAUUCAGAGGACUCGUCACAGUUAGCAGCACCCUGAUGAUGUCGCCUUGCAAGGUGAUGAAAUGUCUGCAAGUAAUUUGCUAAGAUCGGAGAACAAUCCAACACAACCAUCAACCACCCGAGUGACAGAUUUUCUUAAUUAUUUUCAACCUUUAUUAUACUAUUUGUAAUCAAACAAGUACCAAAAUAUGACUCUGGUUCAAUUAUUAAGUUGAUUAAAAGCUUUUAUAUGCAAUUGAAGACAAAAAAACUGUAUUGUCUCUUG